GUUUAUUGUUUUGUUUCGUUUGACGUAACAAGAACACUGCCUGCUAGCGGCCAGAAAGAAACAUGCAGAAGGUAUCUCGUUUAUAUUGGCCAUUGCUGGUGACUCCCAAAAAUGCCGUUACAAAGCCUGUGGAUACAGUGUCCAAAAGCCAAAAGUUAAUGACAGACCUGGGUCUUCUGAAGCCGGCAACAAAUGGCACAUUCCAAAUUAUGCCAAUUGCCCAACGUUCGUUGGAUAAAUUGUGCAAUUUAGUCAAUGACGCCAUGUUUUCUGUAGAUGGACAAAAAUGUUCCUUGCCUGUGUUAACAUCUUCAUCGCUAUGGAAAAAAUCUGGGCGUCUCAAGGGAGAUAUAACAGAGUUCUUUAUGUUACGUGAUCGUCAUGACAAAUCGUUCCUAUUGAGUCCGACCCAUGAAGAGGCAAUUACCUCAAUGUUGGCAUCGACUGCACCUAUUUCGUAUAGACAAUUGCCACUACGUUUGUAUCAAAUUGGACCAAAGUUUCGUGAUGAAUUAAAGGCUCGCUUUGGCUUAAUGCGAGCCAAAGAAUUUAUCAUGAAAGACAUGUACACCUUUGAUCGGACUGAGGAUGAAGCUCGUGAAACAUAUGAGCUGGUCAAUGAAGCCUACACAAAACUUUUUACGCAGCUAGAGGUGCCGUUUAAAAAAGUUGAAGCUUGUACUGGUAUGAUGGGCGGUAAAGUGUCACAUGAAUACCAUUAUAUAUCAUCGGCUGGCGAAGAUAAUCUUUUGCAAUGUAAAAAUUGCAAUUAUGCAUUUAAUGUUGAAGUCACAGGAGAAACGGACAAUAAUGUUUCCUGUCUCAAGUGUAAAAGUUCUGAUGUUGAACAAGUCAAGGGAAUGGAAGUGGCGCAUGCCUUUCUUCUGGGUGAUAGAUAUUCAAAAGUUUUUAAUGCCACUUAUCUGCAUACGGAUGGUAAACCGAAAACCUUGAUUAUGGGUUGUUAUGGCAUUGGCAUCAGUCGAAUAUUGGCAGCUUCUCUGGAAGUGUUAUCAACUGAGAAUGAACUAAAAUGGCCAUCGCUGUUAGCUCCUUAUGAUGUGUGUGUAAUUGGACCUAAACAAGGUAGUAAAGAAGCCCAUCAAGGCGAUUUGGUGGAGGAAAACUUGUUAGAACAACUGAAGACUAUUUGUAGGCGAGAACUCUUACAUGACGAUCGAAAAUAUUUGACUAUUGGAAAGCGCUUAAUGGAUGCAAAAAGAAUGGGUUAUCCAAUUAUAAUUGUGAUUGGCUCCAAAUCAUGCGAACAAGUCCCCAAAGUCGAAGUCCAUAUUAAUGGAGUGUCAAAGGAAUUGGAGAUCAAUUUGGCCUUGACAGAAAUCACCGAUUACCUCAAACAUAAAACUAGUCUAGCUCUAUUGUAAAAUACAAUUUAAUGCCAUGUUUACGUUAGAACUUUUUGUAGGGUUAUGCCAUGUUUACGUUAGAACUUUUUGUAGGGUUAACCUACUUUGAGAUGAUUUAUUUGAAGUAAAAGUAAUGGAAAUGACAAUUUAAAUCCAAAUCCAGUGGGUUAACCCUCAUAUAUAUAAACGUACUGUUAACCUACUUUGAGAGGAUUUAUUUGAAGUAAAAAUAAUGGAUAUGACAAUUUAAAUCCAAACCAGUGGGUUAACCCUCAUAUAUAUAAACGUACUGUAAGCAUUUUUUUAUUUCAAAAGUAUUUUGUUAAAUUUACUACAUUAGGAAAUAACAUGAAACAAUAAGAGAACAAAAACAAA